UGAUAGGGUGAGAGAGUACCCGGCCCGAUGUGCUGUGAGCUGUGAUCGGAUCCGCGGCUACGCGGACGGGGGGGUUGGGUGGCUGUGCCCAUUGGUUGCUCAGCUCUGCUCGCCAACACAGCCAGUUAGUCGAGCAGGGUUUGUUUUAACAUAACCAGAGGCACAAUUCGACAGCCCGCAAAACAAUCAUGUAGUAAAUAUGAAAUUGUAAUUGCUAGGUACCAAGGUGGUAUAGGCUACACUGACUUUUGAUACACAAAAUGGAAGGCUUUAAUUCUAUUUUGUCCAUUGGUGAGUCUGUUUUGUUAAGGCCGACGCUGAUGAGAUAGUACAGGAGGUGAAGGGGAGAGAAUGAGAGCUGUGGGUCUUUCUUGGCCUACUACUGCUGGGAUUGUGCAGAUCCGCUUUCACAAAACGAAAAAAACAUACGCUUCAUGUCCCAAUCUGAAAGACCCGCAAUUGGUUUUAUUGUGACCGAUCUCCAAAUGGAAGGAGCCAUGACAACAUGAAUCGGUCAUACAGAAGGGCUGUUCGGGGCUGCUCAGCAUCAGCCACAGUGUACAACUCAGGCCAGCCAGAGCUGAGGCCCCCCAAUGGCCUCUCAGUUUCUGCCACUUCCUAUGGAAACCACUGUAACAGCAGCACCAAGCAUGGUUCAACAGACCAACCGUUGGUGGCCAUGCAACUGUCAACCUCCUCCCUCAAACAGGCACCUAGCUACGUGUAUAACCAGGCAGAGAAGGAGAGGCCACACUGCUACAGUCCUCUGCUGAGGCUCCAGGACCUCUCCACUAUGGUACACAGACCUGGGUCUGACCUGGGAAACGGGCCCCAGCCUAAGGAUCUCGACGCCAGGAACCAUUUGCACUCUCACAGCCCAGUGGGAGGCUCUAGUUUUGGGGCUCCCCUGGUCCGACUGUCCCCCUCUCCCGGUAACGAGGAGACAGAACCCUGCGAGGAUUCCAUGCGGGAUCAGAACGGUUUCUCUCCUGUUAGUUCUGAUAGUUUGGAGCGCUGCUCUCCCAUCCCCAAUGGAGACCUGCAUUUCGAGUCCACCUUGUUUGACAGUGGGGACAGGGAGGAGGAGGAGGAGGAAGAGUUGGUACCUUUUCAACAACACUCUUCUAAGUCUGCAAGAGACAGAACGGUCACAGACUCUAACACCACUUCUGGUUCAGGGGUAGGCCAUAACAGCACAUACAAACCCUCUGUUCUCAACCUGAUGUCCAAGAGUCUAUCUGAACUGGACCCUACUCUGAGCCCCAGUGCUCUGCCUGACAUGUCCAUGGGGGAUGGCUGGAGUAUGGACCAGGACUCUGACAGUGACAGUGAGAUGACAGGAGACACACUUGACAAUGGUCUCAUCUCACCUGUUGGAACCAACUCUAAUCCCAACAGCCCAAAGAAGAAGCCCCUCCCAGCAGUGCAGUACUUGGAGGGAGAUCUGGUGUGGGCCAAGUUCAACCGCCGCCCCUGGUGGCCCUGUAGAGUUACCAUAGAUCCACUGGAGGGGAUAUACACACACAUGAAAGUCCCCAGUCGUCGUCCGUGUCGUAUGUAUUACGUGGAGACUCUGGGGGAGAUGGCAGAACAUGCCUGGGUACCUGGGAAAGUUACCUACCCCUUCACAGGAGGAGAGCAGUUUACAGACCUGCCUGUGCUGAGACGUAGAGGGAAACAGAGGGAAAAGGACUACAAAUACAUAAUACCCAAGCGUCUGUUUGAGUCGUGGAAAGUCAGUGUGCUGGAAGCUGAGUUUCUCCUACCUGACCUGCUGAAGAAUACUGCUGUCUCUUCUUCCAUGCCCUCUAACAGUGAAGAGCGGGUGUCCUUUCCACUGCCUGAUGAAAAACCAUCCGAGGCACCCUCUUGUUCCUCCUCUAUGCUCACUGCACCCCCCUCCCUCAGCCCUACCCCCAACAGAAACAAACAUCCCCCUGCUGCCAACCUGACUGUAGCGAACGACAAUAGCAGCAAAAAGAAACCCUGCCAGAAGAAGAAGAGGAAGAGGAAGGGUCUGGCGGAGAUCUUUGGUCAUAUAACUAGAAGUCCCACAGAGUCACUAAGCAUCCUAGACCUGGCCAACCAAUUGCCUGCUGCCUCAGCUGAUCCACUGAAAGAAGAAGAUCCCAAGGACUCUCCAUACGCAGACCUGGAUUCUGUACCAACCAUUGUGCGUCCCAAACGGUCUGAGAAACCUGCUAAAGAAGACACAGAGAAACCAUUUGAACCCUCAAAAGAGGAGGCAGAGAAAGGGGGCAAUAAGGAGCAGGCUACUACUCCUGAAAAGGCCAAAGACAGGCAUGUGGUCAUGGUGGUUCCUAGGCAUGUAGUUCCCAUCUCCCCAUCCUCAUCCCCAAACUUUUUAGUAAACAAAUCCCUUUUCAAUCACAGAACUACAAAAACCACAAAUGUUUUACAGUCAAAACAGAAGUUGGGCAGCUCUUCUGAACUGAAGAAUAAAAAUGCUCUUGAUAAGCCCUCUCUGCAACUCCCUUCCAGCAGACGUGUGAUGACCAGGGCCCUGAAAGCAGAGGAAGAGACAUAUCUCAAAGAGGCUCUGCUGGCCUCAAGCCAAAACCUGACAAAGGAUAGGCUUAAUGUGCAUUCUUCUGACGAUGAUGAUGUGAGCGAUAUUGUUCAGAUCAGAACAGAGUCGUCUACUAGCAGGGAUUCUUCACCAGACAAAACCAGAUCCUCUGCUAGCUCUCCUAAAAAACAGCCCGAGUCUGAUUGGAAGCAGCACCUCCACAACGGCUCGUGGAAAAACUCAGAAGAUGUGACUCCAGGGUCCAGUAAGCCUGUCAUAACCCCUAUUAAGGUCAAGGAAGAGAACAUUGUCUCAGACAUAUCCUCCUGUUCUUCCCCCAGCUCCUCUCUCUCUCCCAUGGACACUUUCCAGGAUAUCAAGGAGCUGUCGUUCGAAUCCCUAGUGAAGGAGGAGAGCGACUCCGGGGACUCUAACACUAAUUUUAAACCUGAGCCUAAUUACAAGUUCAGUACUUUCCUGAUGCUCCUGAAGGACAUGCAUGAUACCAGGGAGAAAGAGGGCAAGCCCCUGACCAUGCCUCCCUCACAAGCCCUCAUCCAGGAGGAACCCAUGGUCAUAGCCACUGUCCAAGCACCAGACGACACCCUGAACACUGCUGCUGGCGGGGACUGGACACCAACAGGGACCAAAAUCCAAAACGGCCAGCAUGCGAGCUCGCCAACACCCAAGAGCACACCGGCCAAACCCAAGUCCAAAACUAAACCCAUCAUGAAAAACGACACAUACAAACUUGAAGGGAAAACGGUGCUGGCUCAGAUGGUGGCGAACGCAGUGGAGAAGCAGCAGCGGAGGAAGCAGAGGCCACCAGCCAAGCUCAGGGCAACCAUCGGUGGUCUCUCUCCCGAGUUGGCCGACCUAGCCUCGGGGAGGGGGUUUGUCUCUGGGCACACUGACCUGGCUGAGCCUGGCCUCAGCCCCCCUCCUCUUCCUUCUGUCCCCUCCGCUGCUGACUCCUCAUCCUACCUCGACAAGAGCCCGGGUACCAAAGUGGCCCCUAAGAAGCGCUGGCAGACGUUUGCGCAGCAGGGGCCAGUGAAGCCUGGGCAGGAUCCAGGGAUCCUGGGUGGGGUGGCCUCACCGCAGGGGCUUGCGGAAGUGAAUGGGGUCUACAGAGACAGCCAGGGAGGGACACCAGACCCCAUCAGCUCCCCUGGUCUAAACCUGGGGAUGGAGAAGCAAGAUGACACAUCAGCACAUUCUGAAAACAAACGGCUGAGGAAACCCAGCAAAAGACUGCUGGAAUCCACAGAGGAGGAACAAUUCUUUUCCCCGAAUAAAAAAAUAAAGAAACCUCUGGAAUCUUCCAAAACCCCACUGAGCCAUUCUUCAGCCCCAGCACUGCUAAUGUUCACCUCUACGCCCAGCCCCACCCCUGGCCCUACCUCUGGGGAGCCAGCCUGCCCCACCCCUGGCCCAACCUCUGGGGAGCCAGCCAGCCCCACCCCUGGCCCUACCUCUGGGGAGCCAGCCAGCCCCACCCCUGGCCCUACCUCUGGGGAGCCAGCCAGCCCCACCCCUGGCCCUACCUCUGGGGAGCCAGCCAGCCCCACCCCUGGCCCUACCUCUGGGGAGCCAGCCAGCCCCACCCCUGGCCCUACCUCUGGGAAGCCAGCCAGCCCCACCCCUGACCCUACCUCUGGGGAGCCAGCCAGCCCCACCCCUGGCCCUACCUCUGGGGAGCCAGCCAGCCCCACCCCUGGCCCUACCUCUGGGGAGCCAGCCAAAACCAAGGCCCUAGCAGGGCUGAAACAUAGUCUGUCUCAAGAUGUCCUCCACCGUGUUAUAGAAUCAUUAUCCAAACAACCCCCAGCAGUGACCUCUUUCUCUACUGACUCAUCAUCCGAUGGGACAAACCCUCCUCUGCCCUCUGACCCAGUAUCCCUGGAGAGGAAGAGGCCAAGGAAGCUGUCUCACAAGGUCCUGGAAUGCACCAUAGAAGAAGUGUCAGUCAGUCCUCCAAAGAAGAAGGAGUUUAAGAACCAGAGUGUACAGACAGAGGUGAAACCAGAAGUCAGGGACACUCAGGUUAAGUCUGUGAAGAAAGACGUGCCUGUAUCCAGCUUGACAACUCCAGAGAGCAUGGUUUCUCUGCAGGCAUCCUCCCCUGCCUGGCCCUCUAGCCCUACGGUGCUCCUCACCCCCAAGGAAGAGACCGAGAAGAUCAGUCCUGGGGUGGGAGGAGAGAGCCACACCAACGGAGAGAGAACACCCAAACAUGAGGUGUUCUCUCCUGGUCUGAAUGACAGUUUCUCCCUACCUGGCGAAGGGUCCCUGGUCUCCAGCACUAAGAAGAACACAGGAGAGAAAGGAGGAGCUGCGUCCAUGAAGGAGAAUGUCUGUCAGGUGUGUGAGAGGACAGGUGAGCUGCUGCUGUGUGAGGGCCAGUGCUGUAGGGCGUUCCACCUGCAGUGUAUCGGCCUAUCAGAAACCCCUAGAGGGAAGUUCAUCUGUUGUGAAUGCACUAAAGGUGUCCACACAUGCUUUGUGUGUAAGAAGUCUAGCGACAGUGUGAAGAGGUGCAUGGUGCCUGUAUGUGGGAAGUUCUACCACAACAAGUGUAUCCUGAAACACACACCCACCCAGCCCCAGAAUAAAGGGGUUCGCUGCUCCCUCCACGUCUGUCUGCCCUGCCACAUCACCAACCCCCUCAACCCCUGCAGUUCCAAAACCCCAGUAUCCCUGGAGAGGAAGAGGCCAAGGAAGCCGUCUCACAAGGUCCUGGAAUGCACCAUAGAAGAAGUGUCAGUCAGUCCUCCAAAGAAGAAGGAGUUUAAGAACCAGAGUGUACAGACAGAGGUGAAACCAGAAGUCAGGGACACUCAGGUUAAGUCUGUGAAGAAAGACGUGCCUGUAUCCAGCUUGACAACUCCAGAGAGCAUGGUUUCUCUGCAGGCAUCCUCCCCUGCCUGGCCCUCUAGCCCUACGGUGCUCCUCACCCCCAAGGAAGAGACCGAGAAGAUCAGUCCUGGGGUGGGAGGAGAGAGCCACACCAACGGAGAGAGAACACCCAAACAUGAGGUGUUCUCUCCUGGUCUGAAUGACAGUUUCUCCCUACCUGGCGAAGGGUCCCUGGUCUCCAGCACUAAGAAGAACACAGGAGAGAAAGGAGGAGCUGCGUCCAUGAAGGAGAAUGUCUGUCAGGUGUGUGAGAGGACAGGUGAGCUGCUGCUGUGUGAGGGCCAGUGCUGUGGGGCGUUCCACCUGAAGUGUAUCGGCCUAUCAGAAACCCCUAGAGGGAAGUUCAUCUGUUGUGAAUGCACUAAAGGGGUUCACACAUGCUUUGUGUGUAAGAAGUCUGGCGACAGUGUGAAGAGGUGCAUGGUGCCUGUAUGUGGGAAGUUCUACCACAACGAGUGUAUCCUGAAACACACACCCACCCAGCCCCAGAAUAAAGGGGUUCGCUGCUCCCUCCACGUCUGUCUGUCCUGCCACAUCACCAACCCCCUCAACCCCUGCAGUUCCAAAAGUCGUCUGACCCGCUGCGUGCGCUGCCCUGUUGCGUACCACGCAAACGACUACUGCAUGGCGGCAGGCAGCGUAGUCCUGGCCAACAACAGCUUCCUGUGUCCCAACCACUUCACCCCCCGCAAGAACUACAAGAACCACGAACACAUCAACGUCAGCUGGUGCUUCGUCUGCUCAUUAGGGGGCAGUCUGCUGUGUUGCGAGGCCUGUCCUGCUGCCUUCCAUCAAGAGUGUCUAAACAUCGAGAUGCCUGAGGGGAGCUGGUUCUGCAACGACUGCAAGGCCGGGAAGAAACCUCACUUCAAGGACAUCCUCUGGGUUAAAGUGGUAAGAUUCAGGUGGUGGCCUGCGGAAGUGUGUCUUCCUAAGAACAUCCCAGAGAAAAUCCUCCGUAUGAAACACGAGGUGGGGGAGUUCCCUGUUCAGUUCUUUGGUUCUAAGGACUACGCCUGGACCUAUCAGGCCAGAGUCUUCCCUUACAUGGAGGGAGAUGCCAACAACAAGGACAAGAUGGGGAAGGGUUGUGACGCCAUCUACAAGAAAGCUCUGAAUGAAACAGCUGAGCGGUUUAUAGCGCUUCAGGCUGAGAAGGAGAUGAGACAGCUUCAGGAGGACAGGAGGAAUGACAAGAAACCCCCUCCCUACAGACACAUCAAGGUGAACCGACCAAUUGGCAAGGUCCAGAUCAUUACGGCGGACCUAUCGGAGGUGCCGCGCUGUAACUGCAAGGCGUCUGAUGAGAACCCGUGUGGCAUUGACUCAGAGUGUAUCAACCGCAUGUUGAUGUAUGAGUGCAACCCUCAGGUGUGUUUGGCAGGGGAGAGGUGUCUGAACCAGAGUUACACCAAGAGACAGUACACCCAGGUGGAGAUCUUCAGGACCUUGUCACGAGGCUGGGGGCUACGGGGCGUCUCCGACAUCAAGAAGGGUGCAUUUGUGAAUGAGUACGUGGGGGAGGUGAUAGACGAGGAGGAGUGCAGAGCCAGGAUCAAACAUGCUCAAGAGAAUGACAUCUGUAACUUCUACAUGCUCACUCUGGACAAGGACCGGAUCAUAGACGCUGGACCCAAGGGGAACCAGGCGAGGUUCAUGAAUCACUGCUGCCAGCCCAACUGUGAGACCCAGAAGUGGACGGUAAACGGAGACACCAGGGUGGGGCUCUUUGCCCUGGAGGACAUCCCCGAAGGUGUGGAGCUGACCUUCAACUACAACCUGGAGUGUCUUGGUAACGGGAAGACGGUGUGUAAAUGUGGAGCGCCCAACUGCUCCGGGUUCCUGGGGGUCCGACCAAAGAACCAGCUGUCUAAAGCACGGGAAGGAAGGGAACUAAAGGAGGGCAAGAAGAAGGUUCUGGUGAAGAAGAAGCCUCAGCUGGAGGUGACGAAGGAGAGGGAGGACGGGUGUUUCAGCUGUGGGGACGGAGGACAGAUCGUGUCCUGUAAGAAGCCAGGUUGUCCCAAGGUCUACCAUGCAGACUGUCUCAACCUGGCGAAGAGACCUGCAGGCCGUUGGGAGUGCCCCUGGCACCAGUGUGACAUCUGCGGUCAUGAGGCGGCCUCCUUCUGUGAGAUGUGUCCCAGCUCCUUUUGCACGCAGCACCGUGAGGGCUUGCUCUUCAUCUCUAAGAUAGAUGGGCGGCUCGCCUGCAACGAUCACGACCCCUGUGGACCCGAGCCCCUGGAACCAGGGGAGAUCAGGGAGUACGUACCUCCUGGGGGCAUGCCUCUCCCCCACCCCCUGGGUCUGGUCCCACCCAGGCCUGGUUCCACCACUGCUGGUUCUAUCCCCUCCACAGUUGCCCCAGACCUGACCCAGGACUCGCUACUGCCCCCUACAGGGAGCUUGUUCCUCAACACCUCCCAGAACUCCAAUACCUCCUCCUACGGACCCCCUAGCAGUCCCUACAUGUCUGAUAGUCAAAUACUGCACUUCUCCCUUCCUUCUCCCCCCUCCUACAAGGACGUGAAAGAGGAGGAGGAGGAUGGAGACCUGGAAGACGGACAGGUGGAUGGAUUAGAAGAGGAUGCAGAGGAGGAUGAAGAAGAGGACGAGGAGGAAGGAGAGGCGAUGGAGGUAGUUGAGGAGGAAGAUGAGCAGUAUGAGGGCAGACUAGGAGAGGAGGAAGGGGGAGAUGUGUAUGACACCUGGGGGGACUACAUGGAGGAGGAGCCAGACGAUGAGGGGGAGGUAGAGGAGGAGGAGUGGGGAAGGGUGGAGGAUGAAGAGAAAUGAACUCUGUUUACAUCCCUCCACCUUGUCUUCCAUUCCUUCUUCCAUCUAUACGAAAAUACUUUUUCUCUAGCUCUCAUCUCUCUAGUGACAUUCUGAUGGACUGACAAUGAGAAAGAGAUUGUCCUGGUGGUGCCAAGCGAAAUACAAAGCUGCAUUUGUGUUCGCACUGCAUUGCCUUCCUAUGCCCAGCAUAGCACAGUGUAGGAUAUAAACUGGUGCUAAAGGGCUGGGAGGACUGCUCUGGUCAGCCUCUGGUCCACCUGUUGUAUGUUAUUAGUAUCUGCUCUGGUCAGCCUCUGGUCCACCUGUUGUAUGUUAUUAGUAUCUGCUCUGGUCAGCCUCUGGUCCACCUGUUGUAUGUUAUUAGUAUCUGCUCUGGUCAGCCUCUGGUCCAUCUGUUGAUAUGUUAUUAGUAUCUGCUCUGGUCAGCCUCUGGUCCACCUGUUGUAUGUCUUUGAUGCCAAACGCUGAAAUAGAACUUGGUUCUAUUUGAGACACGCUGUAAAUCUCACGUCUCCUGUCUCCUUAUUGAUUUACAUGACGAUACAACCCUACAUGUUUGCUUGAAAGGAGAAACCUGGAGAUAUUAAUCAAAGAUAACUUACGCCGGAAUGGAGAUACACACAAUUGUUGUAUGACCUGGGUCAAGGUUCUCCAAAGGACCACCUAAGAAUGGGAACACACAUGCAUGAGAAGGUAAAAUAACAACCCACUGUUCAUCUUCCAGGACAAACUAGCUAACAACAGCUAUCCAACUUAUUGUCCAUGAACGUUUCAUGUGUAUUUUGACCUGUCCCAAAAUGAAUAUAGUUGGGUCACAGUUGGUUUUGUUAUUUUAACCUGCAUGUCAUGAUCGCGUCUAUCACAUGAGGAGAGACAAACGUAUCACACAAGUCAGAGUUAUACUUAAACUACAUCUUUAAUAAUAAGAGCUUUGCAAUGACUUUCAACAAUUCACCAUUUCUAAUGAUCCAUUGAGAGUGAUAAAACAAAAGUGCAAAGAUUUUUUAUUGCCAAGAUACACCGCUUUCAACCUAUAUGACGAACAACAGAUACAUAGAAUGGUCACAAGGUUAAGAUUUGUAUGAAAGAUAUCUAUAAUACAUAGCAGACAGCAUCUGCUGUGUCAACAGUUUUCAUUGUAUAGACCAGUGUCUGGCCCUCCUACUCCAAACUGGAACCAUCUCUUCCUGAUACGGUAUAGAGCACAAACAUUAACUCAUGUUAUCUGGAAUGCUCUUUAGGUUUUAUCACCCAAAGACAUCGUAAAUCUCCUCCGUCAGUGUUAUCUCAGAGGCCCUCAGUAGAACACACACAAUAGUUCACAGAACACUCUAUUCUGUCGAAUUAAACAACCAUUAUAAUGAAAUACAAGCAUUAUAACAUAAUCUUGCAAUUUCCCUGACACCAGUUAUCAAGAAUAAUGAACGAUAUGCUCUCAAUGAUCACUGAUUAUAAAACGGCAUCACCAACUUCUGGUUUGGAUAUAUAACUGUGUUACAAAUCAACCCAAUCUUGAAAUCUAAAGUGCAUCUCUUGUAAACGGUAAAGAAAACACUUUUUGUCUACAGCGAAAGAUUAUGAUGAUAAAACUCUCAAUCCAUAAUUAAGAUCCCAGAUUGUUCAUUAUGUUAAGAUGCUUAUGGCUGGACAAACAGAAACAUUCCAAGAGUUCAGAACAUCACUCCUGUUAGUUGUGUGUACAUCAAUGUUUUGACCUUACUUUAUGGCUUUAGGUUACCGUUCCAUCCACAGAAUUAGAACAAAUUCUAGUUAUUUGAUUCCAUCACCAUGCUCCAUCAUCAUAGGUCAUUCAAUGAUCACAUCUGGCAGAAAAAUGUGUUGUCUGUUUGGGAGGUGAUGUGAAAGUUUAUAUCGUGAGUGAACGUGGUGUAUGUUUGAGUGCACGCACUUGUCUGCUGUUGUAGAAUCAAGCGAUACUUGUCAUGUAUUGUCUCAUGGCCUAAAGAACAGUGUUUUUGAGUUUUAAGAAGUAGAGUUUUAUACUUCUGAAUUGACUGUUGUGGUGCUGUAAACAUUUUAACACAAACCCCUUAGUAUAUAGACUGCACCGUCUCACUGGAAGGCUGGUUGUCUGCAUCACUAAAAUACAUGGUUUAUCAUCUCUGUUGGUUAACUGAAGAGCCAAGCAGAAUGUCUCAUGUUUUCUGUCAUAACUAAUGUUGAUUCAUCGGGCAGCUUUUCCAACAAGAUGGUUUAUCAUCACAAUGAAGCUGUGAAGCAUUCUGAAACUUCUCCACAUUCUAGAAAGGUUGUUCCGAGACCUUCAGUUCAUACAUUUUGUGUAAUGUUCUGCUGUAUAUGUUCUGCAUUCAAACAUGUAGCAGCACACUUCCAACGCACAAAACACACGGGUCCAGUUUGUUUGGUUGCUGGUUAUGGUUAAAUUCCAUGAAAUAACAAACCUUCCCAUGAGUCUCAACUAAUGCUUUUUAAAUGAUAUUAGAACAUUUUCAUGAAUUCUACAAUUUGGUUAAAUUGAUGUUUAGAAUUUAGAAUGUCAACAUGAGAAUCACUGGACAAUUGGCCUUAAAACCCUGAAUAUUCAGCCUUUAAAACAAUCAAUUGGGUGCAACACCAACUAAAUGACAAAAUGAUGUACUGAAUUCCCUAACAGAAGCACUACCAUUUUUACAUGGCUUGCCUAAUAAUGUGUCAACAAAUAUUUCUGCCUCACUCUUGACUUGACAUCCAGGCAGAGAAAUAUAUAUAUGUUUUGGUUGGCUUGUUUUGUAUGUAUCAAACAUAUAUAGUUUUUUUUCCUUUCCGUUUUGUGAUGAUGAUGUUUGCCAACGGGUCUACUUCGAAGAGUUCUCUGGCCCCUCCUGUUUUUUUUUUUUUUUUAGAGAGAUGAAACAGAAAUAGAUUUUCUGAAGAAACAGGGGAUAUGUUUAUUGCUGCCAUGUUGAGAAGACUCAUGAACUGAACUGUACUCCUUUGUGUAUAAAAAAAUAUUCUAAGUAAAGUUUCACAAUAGAA